AUGGCGGCAUUUGUGAAGCCCUCACCCUCUUACGGGUGUGAAUAUUAUCCAAACACACUGCUAGAUACCCUAUAUACACUCAGGAAUUCACAACAGUUCUGUGAUGCAGAAAUAUCAACUGGUGGAUCAGUUGUGAAGGCUCACCGUGUAAUACUCUCAGCGGGAAGCCCCUAUUUUCAGGCCAUGUUUACGAGUCGUUUAGCUGAGGAAACACAGUCUUCAAUAGAAAUGAAGUCUAUAAAACCCAAUAUAUUAACUCAGAUAAUCAGAUUCAUGUAUACUGGAAACAUUGAGGUAACAGCGGAAAACGCCCAAGAGUUAGUUGUUGCUGCAGACAUGCUGCAAAUGAACUAUGUUUUAAGUGUUUUCACAAACUUCCUCAAGAAUGAACUUUAUGUAUCCAAUGCUUUAGGAAUUUACAGGUUUGCUAAGGCCUAUUCCCAUGGCUCUGGUUCAUCAUUAGAAUAUCUGAAGGUUGUUACGAUGGGCUUCAUCUUUCCCCAAUUUAUUAAACUGGUAAUGGAGAAAGAGUUUCUUGAGACUCCAAAAGAAAUUAUAUUAGAUCUUCUGGAGGAAAUGAAAAGGAAAUCCCCCUUUCUACCAUUAACAUUGGAGGAGCUCCAGCAUAUAAGUAAAACUAGGCGUGUCCCCCGUAUAGGAUAUACUAGUAGUUACUUGUUUGUUACUCCUACCUUGACUUUAUACUGCAACCAACAAUGGAAAAUUAUGGAUCAGCAAUUGAAGCAGGAACACUAUGGUAGUCAACCCUUUGGUGAAGAAGAUAAGAAGAAGCUACAGCUACUUGAUGCUGUGUUGAAAGAAGAAGAGGAAAAAAAGAAGAGGCUACUUGACGAGAAAGAAGAAGAAGAAAAAAAGAAGAGGCUACUUGAUGCUGAGUUGGCCAAGUUGAAAGCUGAGUUUGCUGAGUUGGCUGAGUUGAAAGCUAAGUUGAAAGGUGAGAAGAAGCUACUUGAUGCUGUGUUGAAAGAAGAAGAAAAAAAGAAGAGGCUACGUGAUUAUCAGUUGGCCAAGUUGAAAGCUGAGUUUGCUGAGUUGACUGAGUUGAAAGCUAAGUUGAAAGGUGAGAAGAGGCUACUUGAUACUGAGUUGGCUGAGUUGGCUGAGAUGAAAGCUAAGUUGAAAGGUGAGUUUGCUGAGUUGACUAAGUUGAAAGCUAAGUUGCUGGUUUUAGAUGCUGAAUUUAAAGAAAAAGAAGAGAAGCUACCUGAUACUGAGUUAGAAGAAGAGAAGAGAAGAAGCUACGUAAUUGAGUUUAAAGAGCUACCUGAUGAUGAGUUGAAAGAGAAAGAAGAGAAGAAGUUACUUGAUGCUGAGUUGAAAGAGAAAGAAGAGAAGGAGAAGACUAUUUAUAACUACUUUCCCUUUCCUUCUGACAAUUCUUCUGACAAUUUAGACUUCGAAAUAUCCAAGUAUUUGUUGAGUUUCCUCUUGAGAGUUUUGAAAAAUUAUGAGUGGGUUAUCAUUGUUGAUGCAAGAUCCCACAAAAACUCUUUGGGAAAUAUAGAUGAUACUGAAGAUGAGUAA